CUGAGUAUUGUGGUAAUAUUACAGGUGAAUCAAAUGUGAGUAUAUAAACAUUUAUAGCCGAGUCGCCUCCCCAAGCCAGGCCCGAGACGUUCUGUGCCGCACGUGAGGCGCCGCUGUGCCUUUACUUCGUGUGUUGACCCGCCAGGACCCCGACGUGUGUGUCAGCGCCUCAAGGAGCAGCACACAGGUUGGAAGCAGAAAUGGCAUCCCCAUCCCCAUCCAAGUCACCAACCGGCCAGAGCCCCGGGAAGCCUGGCCGGCCUUGUGCCCAGCCAUCGGACCUCAUGCUGCCCACACAGAGAGUCAAGAUGAUCAUGAAGAGCUGCCCUGAUGUGGAGACAGUGCCCCAGGAGACUCUUCACCUCGUAACCAAAGCCACUGAGCUCUUCAUUCAGCACCUGGCCCAGGAGUCCCACAAGAAGGCUGCUGAUACCUCCACUCUGAGCUAUGAGGACCUGGCCAUGGCUGUGCACACCCUAGACCACUUAGAGUUCCUCAGGGAGACCAUCCCACAGAAGAUUACCUGGGCUGAGGUGCAGAAACUCAUGGAGAAAGGCAACAAUAAGUUUGAAGGAUUUCAAUAGUGAGAGAAAAAAAAAUAAUGGAUUUGUGAUAUAAUCAGUAUUUUUGUAUGCUUGUACUUGUACUUUCACAGUCACAUAGAGCAAUGGAACAAAUAAGUUAUAGUGGAUGAAUGCAACUUUUCACUGAUGUGAGUAACUGAAAUAACAAACGUAUGACAUGGGUAUGUUUUCUGUUUGUUGGAACAUUGCUUUGUGGGGUUUUUUGUGUGUGUGUGUUCCUGUUUUGCCCUUGAGCUGCUGCCUUUGUUGUAAAAUAAUGGGAAAAAAAGCUCCUAACCUCAAGUAAUUUUAAAUAUAGGAAAGGAUUAGUGAAAUUCCAUAGGAAACUUUGUCUACUCAUACCUGGAUGCAGUAUUAAGGGUUUCACUUUGUUUUUGGUGUCUUCCAUUACUCUGAGUUCCAGUUUUUGUCAUGACCCCUCAACUUGUCACAGCCAUAUCAUGUGCUUACUCCCCAAGUUCAGCACAUUGGUCAUUCACUGUAUUCACUAUAAUCCCACUAAAGUUUCAUUACUCUGUGUAACUAUUACCACAACCCAUCUUAUCUUAGUGUGUUAGGUAGUACAUGGUAGAAGUAUUUCUAUAUGAUGGAAUUUGAGAUGUUUUCACAUUCACUUGUGUGUGGCAGUGGGUAGAUGACAUUAAAGAGACAAGAUGUUGUGUGAAUGAAGGUCAAAAUUGGAGGUAUAAUGCAAAGCCUCUCUAAAAUAGCUAGAUCCAGGCACUAUAAUAAAUGCAAAGUGCAGCAUUCGUUUAAGUUUGUUGAGGAUACCUUUUUUUUUCUUCUUUUUUUUUUAAGGAUGAAAGGGUCAAAAUCAUCUCUAAUCACUCAUUCACUGCAAUAGCAUCUCUAUUCUGGUUAACAAUGUCAUUUUAUGAAGUAUGCCAGAAUAGAAUAAAUAAAGAAAUGAUCGUAGUUAGAGUACUUAGAGGUGAUUUUAAACCUCUGACAGGAUACUAAUUAUAUUGUCAUAAGCUCAACAAAUCCAUGAAUGGUGUCCAGAAUAAAUGAAACUGAUGCUGUGGUUUGUAUUUGUGGUGCCCAGUGGUGAAAACUGUUAACCAAUGACAUUGAAUAAAUGCAUUGUUAAUAAUGACAACCUGUUAGCUUCAGGGGAAAAAAUCACUACCAAAGGUUACAGAAUAUACCUCAGUAUGUUG